UCCAAAGAAUGUCAGUUGUCACAUUUCAAAAAUAAAUUUUUAAAUUGAUUUUUAAAAAAGUUUGGUUGUUUACCAUACUGCUUAGUUAAUAUAAUUUUACAAAAUUAAAAGUUAGGAGCACCGUCAUGGUAUUAACUAAAGAAUAUAGGAUUUGCAUGCCUCUUACCGUGGAAGAGUAUAAAAUCGGGCAACUUUAUAUGAUUGCAAGACACAGUUUAGAACAGUCUGGGGAUGGUGAAGGAGUAGAAGUAAUUGAAAACAGAGAAUGUGAGGAUCCAGUGCAUGGUCAAGGGCAGUAUACCGAGAAGCGAAUACAUUUAUCAAAUCGACUCCCUUAUUGGGUACAAGCUAUUAUUCCAAAGAUAUUUUAUGUAACUGAAAAGGCUUGGAAUUAUUAUCCAUUUACUAUUACGGAUUACACUUGUUCUUUCAUUCCAAGAUUUCACAUAUCCAUCCAGACGAAAUAUGAAGACAACAAUGGUAGCACUGAUAAUUGUUUGAGUCUUUCCCCAGAGCAGCUUGCAGAACGGAUAGUAGAAGUCGUAGAUAUUGCUUAUGACGAUGUUUCAGCAAAACAUUACAAAGAGGAAGAAGACCCAAAAUUUUAUAAAUCCAAGAAAACAAAUCGGGGUCCGCUAAUUGAAGGAUGGCGUAGCAAUUUCCAACCCAUAAUGUGUUCCUAUAAACUUGUUAAUGCAUACUUUGAGGUAUUUGGUUUGCAGACAAAAGUUGAGGAGUUUAUACAGUUGUGUAUUCGUGAAGUGUUACUAUUGGGCCACCGCCAGGCAUUUACUUGGAUGGAUGAAUGGAUAGAUAUGUCAUUAGAUGAUGUAAGAAAGUUUGAGGCGACUCUUCAACAGCAAACUAACCAUUUAUUGAAGCAAACUGUGGACACUUCAAAAAGUCCAUACCUUUCAGAAGGGGAUAAUGAUACUGUUGGGAUUAGCCCUUCUCAUACACCAAAUACUCCCAAGUCUCCAAAGUCACCUGCAAAAAAAGGGUAUUUUAAUUGGUUUUAGUCAGUUUUAUUAGCAAAUCUUUUUAUUGAUGGUUAUAGAUGCUGUAAUUUAAUUCUGAUGUAAUAAUGUUGUUUGAAAUUUAAAAUUAGUUUAUGUUUCUAUGGACUGUGUCCUGUAAUUUUGUAAUUACUGCACUGACCACUGCUCCACUUGGAAAAUAGUAUUGUAUUACUGCCAUCAAGAUUUAUUAAUAAUUUUUGUCUAACCAUGUGAUCAAAUGUGUACAAUAAAUUAAAUUAGGUUUGAGACACUUCCAAAGUGCCUUCCGUUUAAUUGGACUUAAUGUGUUUUUGUGCACAUUUAAUUUUAGUCUCUUUUUACCCAGUAUCGAGAAAAUUACUUUAUUUAUACCCCAAGAUCUAGAAAUAUCUCGAACAUAUAUGUGUAUGUAUAUGUUGUCUUUGUUAUGUAUACUAUAUUCCAAAAUUACAUGUUCUUUGGAUGAUAAAAAUUCUAAACAAUGAGUGAUGUAAUAAUCCGUUAAAACUUUGUUUUUUUGUUUUAUCACAGAAUAAAGGUUUUUGGUUAUUUUUUUUAUUUCUUCCCACAAUAUGACAAGUGAAGCUUUGUAUUUUAUCCAUAAACAUGCUAUAAGUUUCAGUUUCACUUAAAUAUUAAUUUGAUUGGUAAAAAUACUUUUACUGACCAUGGUAUUUUUCUUUGUAAUCCUUGACAUAUACAGAAUUGUUCAGAAAAACUGCAAAAGGCCUUAUAAGGCAAUUUUUAAAAAAAUAAAGUUAAUGUCAAGAUUUAAAGUAUGUUUACAUUGCCCUUGCUGGUUAGUGAUCGUUUGUCUCAUUUUCAGUUAGAUUAGUUUAUAGAAGACACGCAAAAUGUUUACUUUUAAUUCUUUUAUGUAUAUAUCUGAAAAUAUGACUAAUAAAA